CACGGCAAGCCACCUCAUCAUCACGACAAGCCACCUCAUCAUCACGGCAAGCCACGUGCUCCUCACGACAGGCCACGUCAUCAUUACGUCAGGUCACCCCAUCAUGACGGCAAGCACGCAAUUACCAAGUGAAAAAACCUAAUGGCGAUUGGAAAGGAAGUGAAGUAAUGAAUGAAGUAAACUUGAAGUCUUUGUCAUGUUUGGCUUAGCGUUUGGGAGUGAGAAUCCACAUCCUGGGACGCCGCCAAGCUGCAUGCCAUCGACGUCGUUUAACCUGUGAUGGACGGUAAGCAAGGAGUGCUAUAGGAAGAAAAGAAUUGCAUGUGGAGGGGGCUGUUUGUCGUUUUGGGAACGGAUGCGAAGAAGGGAAGGUGGCUGUGGGGUUGCUGAUAUUUGCGGUGAAGAAGUGGAAAUCCGCUCGAUGUUGAUAAUGCCGAUUUGGAGGAAACCAUUACCAUUACCAUUACCAUUUCAAUGCUGCUGCUGAGGCUGCGUGUGGUCAGGGGAUUCGCUUACACUGUCCGUCACGAUGGGAGUGGUUCUGGAGGCCAUGCCUGUGCACAAGCUGGCCGGAGCUUCGCGGUCGAUGAUUGAUUGGAAGAGAGGAUACGAAGUGGCGGGGUCCGGAGGUUGCAGCAGACAUGGCCUGCCGUCUGGGGUCCUGACCAGGCCGAGUUCGAUUGUCCCUAUCCCGAUAGACGGUGCUAUCAGAGAAGGGCUCGUGGAGUUGCGGGGUCCGGUGGGCGGAGGUGGUAUCUACCUUGAGAAGGGACGGGGGCGCGUUUGGCCAACGGGGGGUCUAGAACGGGGGGUGGCUGGGGACCCCGGGGGGGAAGGGACUGGGCGUGCGGAGAGCGGAGCCUUUCAGCUGUCGGCGGGAAAGCGGCGGGCGGGAAGACGGGAUCUGGGGGGUGGUGGCCGCGGGAGUCUGGCCUCGAUGCAGUGGCACGGUUGCAAUGUGGUAAGUGAGAAGAGGAGGUCGGGAUCCCUGCUGGCUGCUGCCACACCGCAGGGCCGGCAAGAUUCAGGGACAGACGGUUCGGCCGGCGGCUGGGGGGCGGAGUCUUGGUCGGAGGAUGAAAGCCGUGGCAAAUGGGGUGGCUGGGGGUGGGAAAGGCUCCUCGGAGCGGAGCGGGGCGGGAAUGACGAUCUCUGGCAAUCUCGCCGGAAGGAGGACGAGCAAAGGUCCUAUCAGGAGGCAAAUAAUGGCCGUGGAAACGAUUCUCGCGGUGGAGGCGUGUGGGAGGGGAGGCAGCAACAGGAGGAGGAGGAGGAGGAGGAGGUGAUCGGAUUUCCAGAACAAGGUGCCAACUCCACGGAGUAUGGGGAGGUGGGUUGGAGCGGAGCAGGCGCUGCGAAGGCGAGUAGGAGAACUGGAAUGGCCCCUGGGAGAUGGAGGAUGACCUCCGCCAGAAAAGAAGAAGAAGAAGGGGAGAAUUUCAUCGAAUAUAGAUAUGGAGACGUGGUCUCACGUGGUAGAGACUCUGGGAGUGCAGGUAGAAGAGCGGGAAUGAGUCCCCCCUCCGAGAGAGGGAGGAUUAGCCCACGAAAUGUUGGAGAGGAAGACGAGAACUUCAUUGAGUAUCGAUACGGAGAGGUGGUUUCAAGCAGUGGAGGAGGGGUGGGGAUGCCGAACAGCGCGACGACAGGAAGGAGCUCUGGGAGAGGGGAGGGAAUGAGCCCACGAAAGGCCCGUGAGGAUGAUGAAAGCCUCAUUGAGUAUGGGGAAGUGGUGUCGGGUGGGAGAGGGUUUGGUGGGCGUGAGGGGAAGGAGGGGGGGGAGAUGAUGAUGCCUCAGAGAGAGAAAGGGGUAGCGGGCGUAUCCCAGCGGAAUGACAUGGUAUACAUGAUCAAGGCGAAAGAGGCUGACGUUGUGGAGUCUCGCGAGGGAGGGAGGGAUACCGGUGAGCGAGCCAGACAGAGACAGGUCGAGGUGGGUGCUGCUGCUGCUGCUGUGAUGGAGGAUCAGCGGCAGCCUGCCAGGGAUCGAGGGCGGUAUCCCGCGGCAAGGUCAUUCAAGGAGUUCGUCAGAGGAAACAGUGGGAGAUGGUACGAUGAUGCAGAUGCGUCAUCGGGAGGAGGGAGGGGAUUGGCGGGAGAGGAGGAGAACGAAGAGGAGGAGGAGGAAGAGAGGGAGGUAGGUGGGUUUUCAAAGGGAGGAAGAGACGGAGAAAGAGGGAAUCUGUUGAUGGAGGUAGGGAGGGAAAGGCCCGGCAGAAGUACGGAGGGGUUGGGAUACAGCGGGCAAGGACCAGGGGCCAAAUCCGGGGGGAAAGCGGCAAUGACAUCAGCGGAGGAAAGAAAGCAGAGAGAGAGGGAGGAGGUCAGACGACUCUUGAUAGAAGGAUUGGGAUUACUGAAAGAAGGGAGAGAAGGAUUGAGGGGGAAGAUUGAGGUGGGCAUUGCGGAGAGAAUGUUGCAUGAAGCUGAGGACAGAUUCGCCAUGGCGGUCGAUUUGGCACCAUCCAGUCUGAAUGCUAUGGGUCACUUGGCUAAUGCAUUUCUGGCACAUGGGGAAUUGAAAUUAAGGGUUUGCCAAGAGUGCCGAGCGUUGAUACAGGGUUUAGAUGCGCAGAGACCUGGGGAAGGAGGCUCGGGGCCUAAAUGGGCCAGGGGUAGAGAUAGAGAGAAAGAGCUCGAGAAAGAGAGGUUAUCGACCACAAUGAACGAUUCUGCUGCGGAGAGCGAGGAGUUGUUGAUUGAAGCGGGCAGAAAGUUCAAAACGGUUCUAAGUCAGGACAAGAGGGAUGUCAGAGCCCUGCACAAUUGGGGGCUAGCACUGUGCUUCAGGGCGGAGCUGGCAGCUGAGAAUUUUGGCAAAGGAGACAUACAGACAGCUGAUAAGCUUUAUCAGGCAGGGAUUGAAAAGUUUGAAGCUAUGUUAACUGUUGAUCCGAAGCAGCCGAACGGAAUCGGUGCCAGCUCCUCAAGCGGCAGCGCCGGCAGUUCUGCACUGGUCAUAGUCCCAAAUGCAGGAACAUCAACCCAAAACGCCACAGUUCUUACUGGCGUACAGUACAUCGGUCCCGUAGUGGACAAGCGGGCGGCCACUCUGCCGUCCAAAUACGACGGGAAAAGGGAUAUCACCUCUUGGAUUAGCUCCAUGCGCUCAUACUUCGAGGUACUGCAAACACCACAGGAAGACCGAAGCAUGAUCAUGGGCACUAAUACUGAGCCCGUCGUACGGAGUUUCAUAGAACUCCAAUCUGUUACAACAGGUUAUGAGAGGAUUGACCUGAUCGAGUGGCUGAAGGUGACUCCUGUACGUACUCUUGAGGACCUCCUCAUCACGCAGUAUCAAGAUAAGCACGCUGCGCUCAAGGCAAGACUGAACCUUGAGGCCCUCAAGGGCCAAACGCGGAGGACUUCCAUGCAGGCUUUGGAGCAGCACUUGACUGGUCUGCUCACCACUCCAAACCUGGGAUUGACUGACGUGUCUUGCAUGGAUGUAGUCAUGGGAGUGACCCCUAAAGAAUACGUCUCCCAGCUAGGACUCAAAGACCAUACCACUUGGCGAGAGCUACUGACGGAUCUAGUCAACCUAGAAGCCAAGGAACUCGCCAGGCGUGUGAAGGCACCCGCUGCAGGUAGAACCUCGCAACACAAGCGGUACGGAAGCAGCAACCAGCUUGCCCUACAUGAACAUCGGGGGGCUGAGGAUCAGUCCUAUGUGGAUGAUCUGUCUCUGGCUGACGAUCUAGAGCCGGACUCCGACGUGUCAGCCCUUGAGUCUGACGUGAAUACUGAAGAAAAAUGUAAUGCUUUUAAAAAGACUGCUUCAAGCAAGGGGCCUAACCGUAGUUCAGGCAAGGGAACUAUAGCACACCUCCCCAAGAAUGCAAAGAUCCCUGAGAAACCGGAGGACGCUUCUACCAAGCCUUGGGAAGCCCUCCGCAUCAGUCAGUCAAAAAGAAUAGGAAAGACGAUCCAAACUGCGCAUGUGCUUGCAUUGUCAAAAGCCUGGGCAUGUUGUGCAGGAUUAUUAUCGUCUGCAGGGAAACAGGCAAAGGGCGUAGAGGAGUCAUCAACACUCUCUAUAGCAAGGGAAGCUGAACAGUCAGUUGCAGGCCCCUCCAAGGAGCCUGAAUCUGAUCAACAGCUUGCUCUUGAAGCUCGAACUGAUGGUGAAUCCAAGGCUGGUGCAGUCCAAAUACUUUACACUGAGCCUUGGGAAGAGACUAAGGAAGUUGACUUCCACUCUCACCUGGAACAUUGGCAGCAGCUCAAGUAGCAACACCGUGUUCAAGGGAGUGUGGAGCUAACCUUCUUCAAGUUACUUAUCAACCGCCGAUACAUCCGUGUGCUGAUUGAUAGUGGCUUAACGACUAAGUUCUUUUCUCCUAACGGGAUUCGUAAGGCGGGCCUGGGAAUGAAGCAAGUGGAGUUGC